CCCUCAUCGCUUGGAAACUAAUGCCAUUGUGGCACCUCCUCACUUUUUCCAUUCGGCUCCCAUGACUUCAACUGACCUUCCUCCUUCUUCCUCGUCCUCUGCAGUGGCUGUGUUGCUGCUCCCUGAGCUGCUCGAGAAUAUUUCCUGGUUUCUGCAGGACUCACGCGCUGAUAUUGUCCGGUCUGCACGCGUCUGCAAAGAAUGGUCCGCUGUCUUUAUCGCCCAGCUCUGGCACACACUGGACAUGCCUCCAGUGCAUCGAGACGACUUCAUAUCUCGGCUUCCACAUUAUGGCCACCUUGUUCGCUCGCUGAGGCUCAUUGGCCGAUUUGAUCAGGAGCUCAUGUUCACCUCUUGUCCACAGCUGACCUUACUGGAUCUGACCUUGACACGGUGCUUGACAGUGGAUGUGGUUCAGCAGAUGGUCCAAUGUCUACCGCGCCUCAGGACCCUUCGACUCAAUUGUUGUUACGGACAAGGAAUCUCCUGGCUGAGUAUACUUAGGCAACUUGAAUGUUUACAAGAGCUGGCCUUCAUCAAUGACACUCCGGAAUAUUUCUAUGACGACCCGCCCGCCAACCCUGACGGACAGACACUUUUGCCUGUACCUUACACUCUCGACGACUUGGAGCAGGAUCAAAACGGAAGUGACCUUAAUGAUGACACAGUGGACGAACGAUUCGGGGGGUCUGAGGGGGACGCAGAGCUCGAGUUCGAAUUCAUGCUGACGCAGGAUACCUCCGAUAUUGACGAGGAUGAGAAGAACCUGAGGCCAGACUAUCUCGGUACAUUCCUAGUUGCUCGCGCCCCAACUUUAUUGAAACUGAGUUUUGAAGGGUCAGAUCUAGUGGGAUUCAAGCUGUUUGAGGCAUUCGACCACUUGCCAAACGAUUCAGCAGACACAGAGGCAACGUUAUCAGCACUUGACAGAGAACGUCCGCCACUUUUAGCCCUCAAGUACCUCAACCUCGCCAAGACUAGUGUCCUCCAGACCAGAUACGUGAUAGAGCCAUUGCUGAGACAGUGCCCUAACUUGGAGGUCCUCGACAUUUCCGGUAACUUUGAGGCGCCGUGGGAUCGACUGCAGUGGUCAAUCUUACCCCAGUACUGCUUGAACCUGAGGUCGCUGAACCUGAGCCAGCUCUCAUCCAUCGACAAUGACCAAUUGAUCCAAGUCGUGCAGGCGUGUUUAGGGUUCUGUUCAUUGAUCGCCUCUCAGUCGAACAUUCAGAGUAAGACCCUAAAUGCGAUCGUCGAUAGACAUAUUGGAGGUCAGCAACAGCAACAGCAGCGUGCAGCGUCCUUUGUCGAACUGGAUGUUUCGUGGUGUCCAGACGUCAGUCAGGAAGCUAUUGAAAGGGUACUACUGCAUGUACCGACACUCAAGAGCAUCAAGAUCUCAUGGUGCCAACAGGUCGAAUUAAGCGUGUUCCAGGCUCGUUGGAGCUGCUUGGGUCUGCAGGAGCUGGAGGUGGAAGGACUCGACAAACCCCGCUCGGAUGAUGGAGAGGUUACACCAUGUGGGAGAUUGGUCGAGUGGACCAUGUUUGAACGGGUAUCACAGCUCAGGUUGCUGGAGCGACUUGUGAUCGGAUCGAAUGAAGUGGUUAUAUCUAUUGCAGAGGGCUUCGGCCAACUUGAAUUGGAGGAUGAUGUCGAAGGUGAUAGAGUAAAGCGGCUUCAGUAUCUGCGACAUUUAGGACUGGUGGGGAAUGUGGACCAUCCACUUGCACGGCCUGAGAUGGAAGUGCUCGCACGGGCAUUCCCAAGAUUGAGGCAUCUUCACUUUGGGAUAGGGUUGCUGAGCCAAGAGAUGCAGUCGUGGCUAGUAGACAAGCGGCCCGACAUCCUGCAGGAGGAGCAGCGGAUCUACUACUAGGCACCUGCGCAAUAAAAUGGACGACUACCCUAAGGCGGAUAUAUACCGACAAACAAAAGACGCGCCAUGUCAUCCUAGGCCUAGGGCAUUUCCCGCCAAUAGGGUGCAGAGGAUCGCAUAUCCCAAUGCAGGUCCAAGUAGGUCGAGGAGCUGCCUUGGAACUUGAAACGAUACGAGUAAUAGGCGAUAGAGAGCCCUACCACUCGCGCGCCUUCAAAAGUAAUAAACCUUGCUGAGGCGGUCAUCCC